GUGGGAAGCCUCAUUAUUAGACCCCCACCCCCUGCCCGACAAUGGUAUUUUUGGUUAGAAGAAUUUGGGCUUUGCAUGUCUCCCCACACUCCUGUCCCUCCCCGUGUUUCUCCCUGUCGACCUUACCGAGAAGCAACAGUUUCAGUUCACGGCGUGCGUCCUUCUUAUCCCGGCGGAGCUGCCUUUCGAUCUCGUCGUUGAUCCGCCUGGCUUCUUUCGCCUCCUCGCUGAGGCAACACGCCAUUAUGGAUUCCAGGGUCAUUCUCUCUCCUUUUUUUUUUUUUUUUUUUUUUUUUUUAAACACGCACUUUUCCGCUUUUUCCUUUUACUGAUUCAUUCAGGUUUCAGAUUCGUCGAGGUAAAAAAAAAAAAAAAAAGACGUCCUCAUACAGGCCUACUUGCGGUGAAAUAACGCGUGGACGCCCUUGUAAUGAGCCCGAACAGCGCACAGAUUGUGGUGGAAAGGAAAAUUAGAUAUUUGAGAAAUUAUUGACCCCCCCCUCCCCCCGUUUCGGUUCGCUUUCUGGGCUUCCCGACAGCUUCAAAAUAGUGUCCAAGGCGGUUUGAGUUGAAUAUCUGUGCAAUCUUAAUUGGUGCAAUCUGCUUUUCCUUCUCAAUAUGAUCAACAGAUCCUUUUAGGACACAUCCUCCGUACUGCUCGGUUUGAUCUCGUUAAGCAUUGCCAUCCGUGCCUGGCCACCCUCAUCAAAGUCUUCAAUGUUGUUAUUUUUCAAUCAACAAAACCCCUUGUGUUCAAGUUAUCGUCCGUGGGUGAGAGCAACGAGAAAAACACAUGAAUAAAGCUUUCCGUUUAUUUUCCAAUGGCUCGACUCCCGGGCGUGGUAAAGCAGAAUAUGGCGGACUUUCACUCCAAUCCGCUAGGCUGGGAUACAGUACAGUUAUCUCUCUCUCUGUGUCUGCUCAAAAAACCAAGAAAGCCACACAUAACAUGGCAUUACAGCCGGAGCUGUCGAUGCCGCAACCAAAAUAUAUCCCAGUUUGUAUCAAAAGCCGUUUACAUCCAUGGCUCAUCAGCGGGGUGAGAAGAAAGGAAUGAACGCCGUGUUGUUGCUUUUUUUUCUCCCAGCCAAUCUUCUCCUUUUCCUCAAUUCUCUUCAUGUAUUUUUAUUACAGAGGCCAUCCACUCCUCCGCUGGAAGGGUGACGUCGGCCUCCCAUCGACAAGGGGGGAGUGUCACGUCCAACAAACGCCACACAAGUACCUAGCAGACAUGGGUAAACUACAGAGCAAGUUUCGCAAGAGGUCUCACCUCUACAGGGCAUCUCAGGGGGAGAAGGCAGAUAAUACCUUUGACAGUCAGGUGGUGCAGUAUGAACCUGCCCAUCAAGGGUCCACCAACACUGUCACUAAUCUCAGCCCAGAUCUGUGUGUUUCUGGUGGGAGUGACCAGGCUGUGGUGGUGUAUGACUGGAAACAAGGCAGGAUGUGUCAGUCCUUCCAGGGUCACAACCGAGAGGUUACCAAGGUGGUGUGUUAUCCAGGCAGUACAUGGAUCUUUAGUGCCUCACGGGACAAGACUGUUCUGAUGUGGGACCUAAACCAGGGGGACGAACCUAUUCAGGAAUUUUGUGGGCAUGAAUUGGUGGUCAAUGGACUAGCUAUCAGCCCUGAUGGGAGAAAGCUGUGCACUGGUUCUCGUGACAACUGGAUGUGCCUGUGGGAUAUAGAAUCUGCAAAAUGUGAACAGAGACACAACAUUUCGAGAAACCUGGUGACUCAUGUUUGUUGGGUUCCUGGCAGCUCUUCUAUAGCUCAGACCUCCGAGGAUAAGACCAUAAGGGUGUGGGACAGCCGUGCAUGGCAGGUGACCAAUACUUUUCCAGCCAAGCAAUACAUCCAGACCCACUGUGACGUUUCUGCAAAUGGCAACUACUUGGUGUCCAGCAGCAACGGCUUUGGAGGCCAGGGCGGUGAAGCCACGCUCUGGGACCUGCGUCAGCCCGGCUGUAAAGUUGUGGAGUACAGAGGUCAUGUCCAGACCACCGCCUGCUGUAUGUUUCUGCCUACACCUCCUGGUGGCACAGCUCAGGUAGCAACAUCCUCCCAUGACUGUUCCAUUAAAAUCUGGGAUCAGAACACAGCAGUCUGUUUAGGGACGUUGUCUCUGGAUAGUGCUGGUCCACUGAUUUGUCUGGCUCCCACUGACUCCACCGAUCUGCUGUGUGCCAGCUUCAACAACGGCCUCCACCAUAUCCAGGUGGGCCACGGAUCAAACCAGGCUCAGGUUUCUGGGGCAGGUUUAGGUGGCCUGGACAUGAAAGUUGUGGCACGCUUCUGACAGCCCAGAAGAGCCUGUUGUGACUCGUAUGCUCGUAACCCAGACCUGUGAACGGCCAGUGACUCUGCGAGCAGUAUCACUGGAUAUGGACGUCAUGUCAGUGCUUUUUUUUAUUUUUACUAUUUUCCAUAUUUCUAUAGACAUUUUUGCUUUACUAGAUUGCCAUACAGUGAAUAAUGACAGAAGAGAUCAGUGAUAAAAGGAAUGACAUGUAUGGAGGAUGCACAUUUUGUCGAGCAAAGCAACCUGGAUGCCCAUCAUGGCUGCUCUUCUUGGGGAAUGGUCUGUAAGUCACAUUACCCAUUAAUUGAUGAAACUAUAAACAUCUAAGUGAUCCUGCUUGGAUUGCUGCCUUCUUGGACAGAACCAGAAUAGCUGGGGUUUACUCUCAGUUUUGUACACUACUUCAGCUACGUGGAUUUGACGAGAUGCUUCAUGCACAUGUUAUAUUGCCUUUAUUGGUGGUGUUGAAUACAUGUUUGGAGGACAUCCUAAUGGGGCAGGAGUAGUGUUGAAAAUGUGGAAGCACUCUUAGAGCAGGAAAAUCAGCUAUUUGGUCAAAUGUACUAUGAUUUUAACUGGAUAAAACUUAGUAGGUGCAGUCAGACUUGCAGUCUUGUUUGUCAAACACGUUGUGGUUGUUUUUGUCACCAAACAGAGUAAUGCUAAACACGUGUAUGUUGAUAUGUUAACCGUUGAUUAGUUUGUAUUUUAACUUUAACCUGUCAAGUGUUGGACCAAAUCAAUACCUAUGACACAAGACUGUAUAAACAUUAGCUUUUUUUUUUUUUUAGGUAAAAUUCUAUUCAUAAUGUUUUUUAAAUAUACCUAUUCCGAUAUUUUUGAGCUGAAGCUGCCGAUAGCUGAUGUUUGGUGCCGAUAUCCAAUAUAUUUAAAUUUGAAAAUGACUAUGCAAAAAUACCAGAGUAAUUCCCUUUUUUAAUAAAAUAGUGUUUGAAUAAACAAAUGGGUAUACAAUAUAUUGCAAAUACAAAAGAAAGCUGCUCUGCUACCUACACAUAAACAUAUAUAAAUCCUGCUACCACUUAAGAUAUUGUGUGAUCAACAUUGACUGAGGUAUUAGAUUUUAUUUAAUACGGUGUUGCUACUGUGCUAUUAACAACUACUGUGUUAGGAUUAGCAAUCCAGACCGCUGUAGUUUAGCCAGCAAAUUCUAAUGUAAAAAUAUAAUUAGCAGCCUUAAGUGAGUUUUAAGUUAAUUUGGCCGCACAUAACAUUCCUACCUUAACUGAUUUUUGUCAGGAGAUGAGUUAAACCACUCUUCUAUUUGAAGUGUAAACUUAAUAAGGAUUACUUUGACAGUUUCAGCAGCUUAAAA